UUUCUCAUCCCGCAACCUGCGCUGGGAAUACUAUUUGUACUGUACCUACUAGUAGCUAUUAUCUUCACAUGGAACCAUCACUCACAGCAGUCUAUUUACCAGUCGCCGGCAUGGCACAAGCCUAAGCAACCCAAUGCCAUUGCUUCACGGCAGAAAACAAACAUGACCCUGUCGACUGCCACGGGAUCGACGCACUUUUACGUGCACCACCAACGCCGACACCAUCUGCAAAAUGCCCUUCCACGACCUUAACGUACCGUACACCACGAACCAUGCCGACUUACAACACACGCUCUUAUUCCACGCCGAACUGGGCUACUCGGUAGUCGCGCUCUCGGUCUCAGUGACGGGCAAACUACCACCCACGGCGCCGACGAUCCCAGUGUCAUCACUGACCAUUCCAAAGUCCAUAGCCACGGUCCUAACCCGCCUGACGCUCACCAUCUCGGACACUGGACAGAACCACCGCCUAGCCUCGCUCCAGCCACAGUACUCGAUCCUGGCGCUCCGGCCGACGAACGAAAAGGCGCUUCAACAGUGCUGCAAUUCGCUCGACUGCGACCUCAUUUCGCUGGAUUUCAGUCACCGGCUCCCAUUCGUGCUGAAGUUCAAAACCGUCGCGUCGGCCUUACAGCGCGGCGUACGGUUUGAAAUAUGCUAUUCUGCAGGCAUGCAGAGCGGGAACAGCGAUGCGCGUCGGAAUCUGAUCAGUGGAGCGGCGGCGCUGAUUCGCGCCACCAGAGGUCGCGGUAUCAUAUUGAGCAGUGAAGCAAAGAAUGCGCUGGGAGUCAGAGGGCCGUAUGACGUGAUCAAUCUUGCACAGGUCUGGGGCUUGGGUCAGGAGAGAGGCAAAGAAGCGCUGUGUGAAGAGGCAGGGAAGGUGGUGAGGUUGGCUGCUUUAAAACGAACCAGUUUUCGUGGAGUCGUCGAGGUCAUUGACGGCAGAGGAGCAGCGGAAGAUUACCCCACAAGUACUACUCGAACACCUAAGCAGGCGGAUACGGGACGCCCAGACACGAAACCUGCCGUUGCCGGUGUAGGCACGGCAGGAAAAGCCGAACUAAAACGCAAAGAACCGAAGGGCAUUACUGAAGAUGUCAAAGCCACGUCGACCGGCGAGAAAGCAGCAGAAACGAACUUUCCCGACUUGAACGGCACGAAGAGGAAAGCAUCGACCUCAUCUAUCCAACCGCCCACGACUGGUUCUGACCAGGUAGACCAAGACGCCGCAGGUAAACCACUGUCGAGACGAGAAAUGAAGAGACGGGCAAAGAAAGCGAGGCUGGAGAGCCAAGUGCAGCAGGGCUGAGGGUUGAGGACUAUGCCACUCGACCAGACGGAAUCUGUUCUUCAACCAGUGUCACGCCGAUCGCCACUGGCCCAGCUUGACUCGUGCAGAUAUAUCACGAGCAGGAUAAUGGGAAAACAUCACACGCCCCAUUUGGAUGCAAUUCAAGCUCAUUCACCGUCUCUCUGCUCCUUGCGCGUCUGUUGAGGUCAAGGAAUCAAUCACUUAUUGACACCAGUUACCACCCGUCCGUGCGUACCAUGGCAUGGCAUGAUCGGAAUGAGAUGCGAUUGAGCGCGACGAAAUUGCCAACAGACCAAAGGCAGGCAAGGUGCUUAGGUUAAGCAGGGCUGGCUAUUUGCCAAACGCCAACACCACCGCCAUAUUUUUCUCUCUUCCUGCUCGAAGCACCACCGCCAUUUUUUCCGUCUUCCCGGCUUGAGGCCACUGGAUGUAUAGCCCAGGAGCCUUGAUCACCAUCCUUGUAUGCGGGCACAGAACACCCACAAUCCUGCGGCUGAUAGAUGCCAUCACCGGACCCAUCUUCUACCAGCUUGGGUUUUUGGUACUGUAUCAUAAUACUGUCCUCGCGCCACAGACUCAACUUUGUAUUGAUCUGUAUGUAUUGAUAUCCGAUAUCAACCAAUAAAUCCAGAAGAUACCAUCCCAGAAAAAAGGAUAAUUCUUCCGAAUAUGUUGUUCUAUACCCCGGUCAAGACUUGCAGCAGCUGCUAAAUGUGGCCGUGUCAUGGAUAUUUUUCGUAUUGGAUAUUGGAUAUUUCAGCUGUUCUGUUCUGUCUAAGUAUACAAGAAAAAGAAAAGAAAAGAACCAUUUCUCUCUCCCAUCUGCGGUCCAUCCCAACCUGAGGCUCAUUUCCGUAGUUCUCAAAACGGGACGCUGGAAGGCAGCCGUUCAAUAAAUCUCGACCUUGGUUAGUUCAAGAUUGCUCCGUUUCACAUACUGCCCAGAAUGUCUGACCACGCAGACUUCUCGGACCCUUAGGCACGCUGGCGCCGACCGGGUUGAUGUUCGAAUAUCCGCCUGAUUUGUUUCCUAUAACUUUUUUUCGUUUUCUCUUUUUCCUUGCGCCAGCCUGUAGCCUUUAUUGCUUUGUGGUUGGCGCU